UUUUUUUAAAUUGAGUUUGAAGUUUGAGUUGAGAAAAAAUAAGAAAUCAUUUUCUAAUACUUGUUCCCAUCUAUUCGGUAGCUGACGAAUACCAGCUCGAAACAAAAAGAAAGUAAAUAAAGACACAAUUUCUUAAAACAGAAAAAGCACCGAAUUAAUUUACGCAGCUAUAAUAUCUUGCAACUUGUCAACAUGAUUAUUUUAUUAAAUUGUUUCUUUAUAUUGAAAAAAUAUACUUUUAUGAUAGAUUAUGUGGAUUAGCAAUAGAUGGUUGUUUCUGCAAGAGAAAGAUCUUGGCAUCAAUGAUGACGUUCUCGCGCAUGCGUGUACAAGUAUGUAUCACCGGAUGGGAUUUGGCUCUUUCGUAUUGCACGGUGACGGUAUUGCAGCAGUACUAUCUGUAUCUGGUACUAUUAUUGUUGCUGAUAAAAGACCAAGGAGCGUUUGACUGACUAAUAAAAGUUGCUAUCGUGGCUACAAAUUUCGCAGCACUUUUUACUUCUUUUAUCAUCUGAUCGGAGUCUCGUUGUGUUGUAUGUAUGUUGCGAGAAGAGGAUCAGUCUUAGACUGCGCAAUAUUUAACUGCCUGACGAUUCUAACCUCGUUCGACGAUAGCAUGAAGUCGGGCAAUACGGAUAAGCAUAGAGGCACGAUAUUAUUAAAACCGGAAGAAAAUGAGCAAGUUUUUCAACUGAUAGGGAAUCGAUGUCAGUGUUUAGCAGCUGGAGUUAUACAACUGUAUUUGACUGAAUCUCCCUUACAUAGAGAUUGGGUAAAAAAAAGCACAGGUAUCAUGACUCUGAUAAGGGACAAUCCAAGACGCAGUUUUUUUUUGCGGCUCUAUUGUUUGCAAAGAAAGGCAAUGUUGUGGGAGCAUGAAAUCUAUAAUUCAAUGGAUUAUAAAGCACCAAUGUCAUAUUUUCAUACAUUCGAAGCUGAAGACUGUAUGGCUGCAUUUAACUUUGCGAGCGAAACUGAAGCUAUUACGUUGAGAAAUAUACUCCUUGGCAAAUUAAACGCUAAAAGACAGAGAAGGCAAGAGAAGAAAGCGAAAGAAACACAGUCUAGUGGCACUUUGCCUUGGAAAAAUCAAGGUAGUGCGUCACCCUUUAUCGCAUCGGGCUUAUCGAGCCAUUUAUCGAAUGGCGCACCUACUACAAUUGGCGUUAAUAGAAGUGCAUCAAGUAGCUCGAUGUACAGAACUAAAAAGAAGAGAAGCGAGCAGGAUCUUAAACGCAAAUUAACUAAAGAUGAUAUUAGUCUUCCUUCAAAUUUUAGGCAUGUAGCACACUUAGGAUGGGAUGUAAAUAAUAAAGGUCUAGAAUUAGAUUCUGUUGAUGCAGAGUUACAACAAUUUUUCAAUAAUGCUGGCGUGUCGGAACAUGAACUCCAAGAUAAAGGUACUCGAAAGUUCAUUUAUGAUUUCAUCGAGAGGAAUGGAGGUAUGAGUGCAGUGCAGGAAGAUAUUCGACCAUUGGCAAAUGCAAAAAGCAAUAAUCCGCCUCCUACAUUGCCACAAAGACAAGAGUAUCCACCUCCUGUUCCGGCGCGAAUGAUACCUCAUCAGACACGUAGCGCUCCGCCUUUACCCCCGAAUCGUCUUAACGCAGUUCCCGCAGUAUCAAGUGUUCCACCUAGCUUGUCUACGAGCGCACUUCCCAGCGCUCCUCCGUCCACUGUUUCACUGGCACACAGAACCGUACCCUCGAGACCACCUCCACCUGUUGUAACCUCAGCACCAGUUUUACCUCCACCCCCACCUCCGCCGCCACCAACCCCUCCUUCGAGAAUCGGCGUAAACGUUCCCGUACCACCGCCACCACCGCCUUUACCUGAUACAAACAAUGCCAACAGUAUAACGAUCAACACGAAUGCUACCAACAACAAUAACGAUGAAUCUUUCAUAGACCUGAGACCGAUGCUUAUGGAGUCUAUUAGAAGCGGCACAACUUUAAGGAAAGUGAAUAAGACAGAAGUGAAACCAACGCUAGUUGAAGAUUCGAGAGGAGAGUUGUUACGACAGAUACGUGAAGGGAUUGAAUUAAAACCUGUUCCAAAUGAAGUGAAAUUAAAUAUGACAUCCGCACCUCGCGGUGGCCUAGCUGACGCGUUAUCCAGGGCUUUGGCCGAACGAUCUCGCGCAAUUCAUAGCGAGAGUGAAGAUUCAACUAGUGACACAACCGAUGACGAUGAAUGGGACGAUUAAAUCGGGUUAAUUGCUAAAGUUCAGUCUUAUGAAAAAUGUAUGGAAAUUCAGUAUACCUUCCCUGUAUUUAUUCUCUUUACUAACAAGAAUGCAUCAUAAGUAUUUAAUAUAAGGAUAUAAUUAUAAUAACAUAUAUAUAUAUGCGCAUAUAUAUAUCACUGUGAUAUAAAAAUGUAUUAUAAGUAAACACAUUACCAGAGUUAGUUACUAUAUAAUGUAUUUUGAAUUUUAAUAUUCAAAGCAAAAUAAAAGAGGGACAAGAGUUAUA